AUGCCACAUGUCGAGGUCCUGCCCAAUUCAGCGGCAUCUGUCGCACCAGGAUGGACAUAUGUCGUCGACACCGGAUACGACCCUUCCAAAGUCGCCAUCAAUCCAAAGAACAAGAAGCGCGCCGCCGCCGCCAGCGGCCAACGAGGCGAGAACGAGCUCUCCGCUCGCCAGCAGACCGCAAUUGCACGCCGCAUCGCCGAGCUCGAACGCGACAAUGACCCCAAGCAGAUCAUCGCCGUACCCGGCAAGCCCUCAGUACCGAAGACGCAGAAUGCGCGCCGGAUAAUACAGUACCAAAGGCAAAUCAAGCACUGGCUCGAUGACGAAGAAGCACAGCUGGCACAGCAGCAACAGGCGCCUCCACUACGCAGGGAAACUACAGGUGUGCGGAACGCGCAGAUUCUGCGUAGACAGAGCACCAUGCCGCCUCCGUCCACCGAGGCCACGCCCGCCCCGACCUUACCGCCUUCACGCAUGGACAUCGAUGCUGCGUCCGACGAUGCGCUACUCGAUGUGUCCAGCUCUAUACCAUCGCCUCUGGGUUCUGUGACGCUGGAGGCCCUGCUUAGCGCGCCGCCGCUGCCGUACAGUCAGAGCUUUGCGAGCCCGAACCCGGCUGGUGCGCCGCCGCAGAGACAAUUCUGUGAUAAUUGUGGGUAUUGGGGGACUAUCAAGUGUAGGAAGUGCGGGGCAAGGGUGUGUGGGUUGGAGUGCAAGGAUGCGCAUGAGGCUACGAGGUGUUUGAAGUGGGCUUGA